GCGCAUGCGCAGUGCUCUCACUCGUUAUGAAACAUGCUGUUUUGGCCCGGUUCUGUAUAUCUGGACUUUAUUGACCUGAGGUGAACUGAACAGCGCAGAUUCUUCAGAAACUCUGACAUGAUUUCAUCUCCGGGACUCAGAUAAAAUCAUUUCUCUGCAUUAUUAACAGCUCAGCUGUGGGUGAUGUCGGUGAACGCAGUGCACUGGUUCCGGAAGGGUCUGCGUCUGCAUGAUAACCCUGCACUGCUGGAGGCUCUGAGAGGGGCCGAUACACUGCGCUGCGUUUACUUUCUGGACCCCUGGUUCGCCGGGGCCUCCAACCUGGGCGUCAACCGCUGGAGGUUUCUCCUUCAGAGUUUGGAGGAUCUGGACGCUAGUCUUCGUAAACUAAACUCAUGUUUGUUUGUGAUUCGCGGUCAGCCGGCCGACAUCUUCCCACGACUCUUCAAGGAAUGGAAAGUUUCUCGGUUGACGUUCGAGUUCGACUCAGAGCCGUUUGGAAAGGAGCGAGACGCUGCGAUAAAGAAACUAGCGUGUGAAGCAGGAGUGGAGGUGAUCGUGAAGAUCUCGCACACGCUCUACGAUCUCGACAGGAUCAUCGAGCUGAAUGGCGGUCAAUCUCCGCUAACGUACAAACGCUUCCAGACGCUAGUGAGCAGCAUGGAGCCGCCCGACCCGCCGCUUGCCCCACCGGACAGAGGAAUGAUGGGAAAAUGUGUGACGCCAAUCAGCGAAAACCACCGCGACAAAUAUGGCGUCCCCCUGCUGGAGGAGCUCGGGUUCGACACUGAGGGUUUGGCUCCAGCUGUUUGGCCAGGUGGAGAAUCAGAAGCUCUGAAGCGGAUGGAGCGACACCUCGGACCCGACUCUACUGUGGCGUGGCAGGAGAACUUCGAGCGACCGAAGAUGAAUGCUAGUCCGCUAAUGGCUAGUCCGCUAGGUUUGAGUCCGUAUCUCCGCUUCGGCUGCCUGUCCUGCCGCCUGUUCUACUGUAAACUCACUCAGCUCUACAAGAAGGUGAAGAAGAACAUGAACCCGUCCAUCUCUCUGUACGAUAAGAUCUUAUGGCGGGAGUUUUUCUACACGGCUGCGACUAACAACUCGCGCUUCGACCGCAUGGAUGGAAACCCCAUCUGCAUCCGCAUCCCGUGGGACAGAAACGCGGAGGCGCUAGCGAAGUGGGCGGAGGCUAAGACGGGAUUCCCCUGGAUUGACGCCAUCAUGAUGCAGCUACGGCAGGAGGGAUGGAUCCAUCAUCUGGCGCGUCACGCCGUGGCCUGUUUCCUGACGCGCGGAGACCUGUGGAUUAGCUGGGAGGAGGGCAUGAAGGUGUUCGAGGAGCUGCUGCUGGAUGCGGACUGGAGUGUGAAUGCGGGCAGCUGGCUCUGCCACUCCUGCAGCUCGUUCUUCCAGCAGUUCUUCCAUUGUUACUGUCCUGUGGGAUUCGGACGGCGCAUCGACCCCAACGGAGACUUCAUCAGACGUUACUUACCUGUCCUACGAGAUUUUCCAGCCAAGUACAUUUAUGACCCUUGGAACGCUCCAUAUGACGUGCAGCUAGCCGCUAAAUGUGUGAUCGGGGUGGACUAUCCCAAACCCAUGGUAAACCACGCGGAGGCCAGUCGGCUAAACAUCGAACGGAUGCGGCAGAUCUACCAGCAGCUGUCACGAUACCGCGGACUCAGUCUGCUUGCUACUGUUCCGUCUAACCACAUAGAGGAUGCAGCUGCAAAUGUAAACCGCGGAGCAACAGCGCCCCCUACACGACGGAAGACACGUAACGACACUACGUCUUACACAGGGGUCAGGAGAGAGCAACCGGGACCAAGCGGAGCCAAACACAGACACCGGCACUCGCUCAGCCACCGUCCAUCACCGUAUGUCACUCAGAGUGACCAAACAGACCACAACCAUGAGUUUGCCGUUCCACAACAACCAGGACGUGUGAGUUGGCCGAUUGUGGGCGGGACCGGAAAAAAAGAAGUGGAGGCAGAGCGCAACUGUUGCCAUGGUGACAACGGCCCUUCCUCAUCGGCACUGAAAGCGCAGCAACAAGACAACGAGAAGAGGCGGGAAGAUGCAGAGGGUGGAGCCUUCUCUACCUAAACUCCGCGCACCGAUGGAUUCGCUAAAUGUUAUAAACUUCCCCUUGCGUGUUAAACAGUUAAACACGACUGGUCCAGAUUGUGGCUUCAACAAUUUUAAUGUUUAUAAAACGAAUUUUAAAAACUUAACCAAUAAAAAUAUUGAUUUUAAAAAUCAGAUUUACAUAUGUCUUUAUGACAUUAAACUAAAACUAUUUAAUUAAGGGUCCUUUCACACCAAAUGCUAAGAGAAUUGUUUGUUUAUUACAGCAAAACGAAUAUUCAUCUGGCUGAAUGAAAAGCUAAUGCUUAUGAGUAUUAAAACGAUUGUCAAACUUUGUUGUUAAACAUAAUUUUAAUGUUAAAUAUUUAAAAUUAAAUAUUUUUAUAGUUAAAAAUUAAAUUAAAUAUUAAUUACACUUUUUUAAUCCCAAAUGCUGAUUUUAAAAAUCCAUAAAUACUGUACUUAAGAUGCUAAACGUUACAAAGAUACAAAUGUUUAUCAGGCUGAAUGAAAAAAAAGCCACAUUUUUCGAUACUUGUAUUAAUGUGUGUACUCGAUGAACAUGAACCAAAGCUCAAGUUUUAUUGGUCGCCGCUUUUUUUGUCAGUUUAUAUUUAAAUUUUCCGUGAAUGGACCUUAAAGUGGAAUCGUAAACAGCUGAAGUACAUGCGUUACGCCACAUUUAAACGAAUCCAGCAGAGUUUUCACAGCGGCCUCACCUGUACAUACUGUUUCUCUGUGGUCACGUGAUCACCAUUGGGUCCAAACGCUUGUAACUGUACCACAGAUAAAUGAUUGUCAUCUUGUUUUCAUUGUUUUUGCACAAAUCUAGUGUAGAUUGAACUCCAGAUGUUCGCGUCAUCAGUCUUCCAUCACUGCACAUUGUUAUUAUUUUUAGCAUUUCCAUGUACAUGACAGCUGUACAUUUGUUUUCCGAUUGUGUUGUCAUUUUCUACAGAGUAUUUGUAGCUGUUUUGAACUGUAAAAAGAAGUCUGAUAUAUAUUGUACCAGCAUUUGUUUCUUAGUUUUUGUGUGGAAUUUCAUUGUUCAGCAAAUAAAAAAAAAUGUAAACAA